AUGCUUCUAUGUCUGCUCUUACUCAUGCUCGCCGACACCUUGACUGCCUUCAAAGUGACUGGUGCCAUGGGCGGUGUCAAUACAACCACAGGGGCUCGGCCACUGCGAUACGAGAUCCACAAAUUCGCGACCUCCGGGCCAGCAUUCGACUUGUUGAUCCUUUCUUUGAUGGCCUUUCAGGCUGCGAAUCAGUCGAAUCCUCUUUCUUACUUUCAGAUAUCAGGUAUCCACGGCUAUCCUCAAAUCCCUUGGGAUGGAGUUCCUGGCACAGGCAUUUAUCCAGGAUAUUGUAUGCACGCUGCCGUACCAUUUCCUAUGUGGCAUCGACCAUACACAGCAUUGUUCGAGCAAUUGCUAUGGACACACGCACAGGACAUCGCCAAAACGUUUCCCGAUGCCCAACGUGACCAAUAUCAAGAGGCAGCUUUGACGUUGCGCCUUCCCUACUGGGAUUGGGCACUAUAUCCAAGCUUGCCCGACGUGGUUACUCAGACCGAAAUUUCUAUCAAUACACCCAAUGGCUCGCAGACCGUCACUAAUCCAUUCUAUGCUUACACCUUCCAGUCCAACGCCACCGGCAAUGGAUUCCCUCUGUCACACCCUCUGGCAAAUCUUUCGACCACUGUUCGCUGGUACAACCCAGGCACAGGACAAAGCAAUCAAAGUGCUUCCAAUGCCGCUCUGAAAGCAAAUGCGCCGACAAUUCUGUCUCUGACCUAUCAGCUGCUCACGGCGGUGUCAAACUACACGACAUUCUCCUGCACUUGGCCUGGUGGCCAGUCAGGCAUAGCGAACAACAUUGAAGGCAUCCACAACAGCAUCCAUGACAGCGUUGGAGGUUUUGGACACAUGGAAUACCCAGAACUUGCUGGGUUUGAUCCGGUCUUCUGGUUACAUCACGCCAAUGUCGAUCGCCUUGUGGCCAUGUGGCAAGUCUUAAACCCUAACAGCUUCAUUGUUCCGACUGUCAAUGCAUAUGGAUCGUACUACGAGCAUCCUGGCUUUGUGGACUCGGCUACUAGCGCAUUGGCUCCAUUCCACUCCAACAAUGGUAGCACCUUGUUCACCGUCAAUGGAGUUCGCAGUAUCAUACCAUUCGGCUAUAGCUAUCCCGAGCUACCGGACUGGGAAAUGGAUCAGGAAGAGUUGGCCACAAAUGUACGAAGCGAGGUCAAUGCAUUGUACAAUCCAAGCAUGACUGCGGCAGGUAGCCGCACGGCGAGAGACGUUGAGCAGCGAUCGGCGGAUAUUGCCGACUCAUUCGGCCAUGUGACACUUGAGAUGGCACAAAACAUGCGCGUCAACAACCUUGAGAGACAAUGGGCAAUUACUGUAUUGGUCGACCGAUACCCAUUGGACACCAGUUUUCUCAUCGACUUUUUCAUGGGCAAAGCACCAGAUGAUGUGACUUCUUGGGCCAGCGCAAAGAACCUGAUAGGCAGUUAUGCGCAAUUUGGCCCGGCCAACGUGUCGCUACUUCAUCCGAAUGGGGCCCCUUCUGGUCAAGUCCGCAGUGAGAUUGCAAUGACGCACACUCUGGCUGCUGGCGUGCACCGAGGAGUUCUUAAAGAUCUUUCCCCAUCGUCAGUAGUGCCAAUGCUGCGCAAGGGGCUGAACUGGAGAGCCAGAACUGCAAUGGGCCAAGAAGUACCGCUUUCUUCGCUCUCUGGACUUGUCAUAUCAGUCUACAGCAGAUCGAUCAUUCCUUCUAAUACGACAAACCAUUUCCCCAGUUAUGGUCCCCUGAGAUGGGAGAGAUCCGCCACAGAGAGUAAGCCUUACGGAGCGUCGUGA